AUGUGUUCCCAAUUCCAGAGAUGUUGUUUCUUGUCUGAUGUGAGUAAAGAGAAAAUACCAUGUCUGCAGCAAACAGUCCUCAGAAAUCUGCUGCGUGAUAAGAAUUUGCGUAUUGAGGAUUUGCGUAGAGGUAGGGCCAUGCUUCAAGAUCGUCUGCGAGGGUUGACACGCGUUUUGAUUGUUUUUGAUGAUAUAGAUAAUACAGAGCAAAUAGACAAUCUGUUAUGUGUAAAGGAUGUGCUGGGAAAUGGCAGUCUGAUUUUGGUGACAUCUAGAGACCAAACAUUGUUUGUCAGUUCUAAGAUAGAAAUAUACAAUGUUAAAUUACUAGUUGAGAAACAAGCCCAAGAGCUAUUCUGCUGGUAUGCCUUCGGCAACACCAAACCUGUUGACGAUUUGAAAGAUAUGGUGGAAGAGUUGGUUAGAAUGUGUGGUGGUUUUCCUUUGGCUUUGAAAAUUUUAGCGGGGCAGCUCCACAAUGAACGUGACCCAAGAAAGUGGAAGCAGCAGUUGGAAAGCCUCCGUAAACAACUGCCGAAAGACUUAUUACGAGGGAUAGUAAUGGAUACCUAUGAGUCUCUCGACAUUAGAGAGAAAGAGGCCUUUUUAGACGUUGCCCAUUUCUCAAUGAGAGAAGACAGAGAUCUGGUGGAGAGGGUUUUCGAUAGAUUUAAUGAUAAUGGUUUUCAAUGCCUUCAGACGCUCCGUCAGAAAAGCCUUGUGGAAUUUGAGCUUGCAGAUAUAAUUCGUUCAAGAGCAUUACAGGUUGAAAGCGUGGAUUGGAGUGUAGGUAUUUGGAGAAGAGCAAAGGGGAGCUUCAAAAUAAGAAUGCACGAUUUAGUGAGGGACUUGGAAGACAAAUCGGCAGACAGGAGUUACCUCUUCGCCUAUGUUGUUCAAACGAUAAAAUGA